GGGUGUACCUGUCCCAGGGCACCUGUCCCUGCAGCCAAUCCGGGCUGUGCCGCCCCACCUGCGCUGUGCUCUCCAUAAAUCAAACACCUCGCAGGGAAAUGUGUGUGUGAGCAGCCCGAGCACAGCCCUGCGCUGCCUCCGCUCCGGCCACCGCCGAAAAAAUGUCCAAUCAACUCGAUUUUAGAUCCGUGCGCCUGAUGAAGAAUGACACCAUGAACUUCCAGAAAUUCCCCUACACCAGCGAAGAUGAAGCCUGGAAAACCUACCUGGAGAACCCCCUGACUGCAGCCACCAAGGCCAUGAUGAGGGUGAACGGGGACGACGACAGCGUGGCCGCCCUCAGCCUCCUCUACGACUACUACAUGGUCCCGAAGGAGAAGAGGAUUCUCCCAGCUGGGAUGAUGGGACGCAAUGACCUGGCAAAGAGGCACUGCCACGGGAUGGAUUUUGAGCCUGAGAUCCCCUCCUUCGAUGGCUCAGCCCAUCUCAUGAAGCUCCUGUCAGAAAACGUCUCCAUGGCCCAGGAGUUCUGCGAGCCCCCCAAGAAGAACGGCCUGAGCCUCGAAGGUGUCCCUGCUCCUCACAAGGCAGCCCUGCUCCCUCCAGGCACCAGCAAGCUGGAAGCCACCCCAGAAAACUUCCUGGUGGCCCCGGGGGACGUGUACGACAGCAGCUCCCUGAACUCGCUGUUCGAGAGCCUGCCCAUGGCCCCCGCGCAGCAGCGCUGGCAGCCCGACAGCACCUUCAAGGAGGACCCCCAGGAGUCGCUGCUCUUCAGUGACAUCCUCAAACCCCAGCCAGAGCCACCCUGCCCCGAGAGCUUCCCCACGGAUGGAGUGAAGAGUGACUUUGAAUACACUCUGGGGUCACCCAAAGCCAUUCACAUCAAAUCUGGGGACUCUCCCAUGGCCUACCUCAACAAAGGACAGUUCUACCCCAUCACACUGCGGACAGCUGGAGACAGCAAAUGUUUGCACUUGUCCUCAAAUAAAGUGAAGAGCGUGGUGAUGAUCGUGUUUGACAAUGAGAAGAUCCCCACGGAGCAGCUGAAGUUCUGGAAGCACUGGCACUCCCGGCAGCCCACGGCCAAGCAGAGGGUCAUCGACGUGGCUGACUGCAAGGAGAACUUCAACACGGUGCAGAACAUCGAGGAGCUGGCCUACAACGCCCUGUCCUUCGUGUGGAACAUCCACGAGGAAGCCAAGGUGUUUAUUGGGGUGAACUGCCUGAGCACGGACUUCUCCUCGCAGAAGGGAGUGAAGGGUGUCCCCCUGAACCUGCAGAUUGACACCUACGACUGUGGCAGUGGCAGCAGCCAGCUGGUGCACAGGGCUGUCUGCCAGAUCAAGAUCUUCUGUGACAAGGGAGCAGAGAGGAAAAUGAGGGAUGAUGAAAGGAAACAGUUCCGGAGGAAAGGAAAAUGCCUGGACUCCAACAACAAUGGUCUGAAAGGCUGUUUGCUCUCUGGCUUCAGAGGGAAUGAGAUCACGUUCCUGCGGCCCGAGAGCGACCUGGAGACGCAGCCGGUGCUGUUCAUCCCCAACGUGCACUUCUCCACCCCGCAGAGGUGUGGCUCGGUGCUCCCUCCCGCUGUUCCCAACUCUGCAAACAGGCUGCCCCUGAAGCGCAGCGGUGCCUCCUUCACCGACGACUUCGAGCCGAUGCCUCCGAAGCAGAGCAAGGAUGAAGAUCCCCAGAGAGUGCUGCUCUACGUGCGCAGGGAGGCCGAGGAGGUGUUCGAUGCUCUCAUGUUGAAGACCCCGGACCUGCAGGGCCUCAGGACAGCUAUUUCAGAAAAAUAUGGGCUUCCUGAAGAAAGCAUUUAUAAAGUCUACAAAAAGUGCAAAAGAGGGAUCCUGGUGAACAUGGACAACAACAUCAUCCAGCACUACAGCAACCACAUGGCCUUUCUGCUGGACAUGGUAGAGGCAGAGAACAAGUUCCAGAUCAUCCUCAAGGAGCUCUAAAGAGCUGCAGGCAGCACUUCCUGGGACUUGUCUCCGAGCUGGCACGUGUGACCCCACAGAACUCAGCCCUGUGCCCUCUCUUGUUGCCUUGACUUGAACCCCCUGGCCCUGGGGCCGGGCCACAAACUGCUGUGAGAUCAUCCUGUGAACAUGGAACUUGGCUCUGUUGAGUUGAUAUUAUUAAUAUUAUUAUUAU